CGGCAAACCUGGUGAGGCGCGACCUUUGCCACAUCGAGGACUGAGGUGAUAAACAGGCACGUGAGAGAGUUUAUCAGAUCGUCGGCCAGUUAUCAGCUACACCUCCACCAGCCACGAUGUCGUCCGCCUACUCCUUCAAAGGAAGGGUUGCUCUGGUUACAGGGGGCGGCAGCGGCAUCGGGCGGGCCGUGUGUCAGCUGCUGGCCAGGGACGGCGCCCGCGUGGUGGUGACGGACAUGAACCUGAAGGGGGCUGAAGAGACGCUUCAGCUGAUAUCAGGCUCGGGUCAGCACCUGGCGCUACAGAUGGACGUGACGCAGAAGGACGCCGUGAAGGCGGUCAUCGCGGCAGUCCUGGAGAAGCUCGGAGCCCCGCCCAGCCUCCUCGUAAACUCCGCGGGGAUCGCCAUCAUGGGCCCGUUUAUGGAGGCGAAAGAGGACCAUCUAAAUGCCAUGAUCGACGUCAAUCUAAAGGGCACAUUCCUCGUGACUCAAGCCGUCACCAAGGCGUUGCUGGAGAAGGAGCAGGAGACAGAGGGAGAGACGGGCGCUGUGGUCAACAUAGCAAGUAUUCUUGGCAAGACGGGUUACAAAAGCCUGAGUCACUACACGGCAUCAAAAGGCGCCGUUAUUUCACUAACCAAAACUUGCGCUGCCGAGCUGGCCGGGCAUGGCAUCAGGGUGAACUGUGUAAUGCCUGGAAUGAUCACCACGCCCAUGAGUCAACUGAUAUCGGAGGAAGCUGUACAGUUAUACAUCAGCAAGAACCCACUGGGAAGACCUGGCAGGCCAGAGGAAGUGGCCGAGGUGGUGGUGUUCCUGCUGUCGGGGAGGAGCAGCUACAUGGUGGGCGCCUGCGUGGAGGUCACGGGCGGAACAGGAAUGUGAUGACCGUCGGCUGCAUGGGCCCGGGGCAGCGAAAGAGGCUGAAGAUUGAUUAAAAUUAUAUCCAAUGAGAAA